AUGCAAGACUAUGGCAAUUGGUUUAUUUUUUUACACAACUAUGCAUUUUGUGCCUCUGUAACGCAUUGAUCCAGAGCAUCCCAAACGUGCUCAAUGGGGCUGUUCAUUUUUAUGCUGAAACAUGAGGUGAUGGCGUCAUGGUAUCUCUGUGCAUUCAAAUUGCCAUCGAUAAAAUGCAUUUGUGUUUGUUGUCCGUAGCUUAUGCCUGCCCAUACCAUAGCCCCACUGCCACAAUGGGGCACUCUGUUCACAAAGUUGACAUCAGCAAACGGCUUGCCCACACAACGUCAUGAAUCUGCCCGGUACAGUUGAAACUGGAAUUAAUCGGUGAAGAGCACACUUCUCCAGCGUGCUAGUGGCCAUCAAAGGUGAGCAUUUGCCCACAAGUAGUCCGUUACGACGCGGAACUCCAGUCAGGUCAAGACCCUGGUGAGGACGAUGAGCACACGAUGAGCACACAGAUGGGCUUCCCUUGAACGGUUUCCUAAAAGUUUGUAUCUUUGGUUGUGCAAACCCAGUUUCAUCAGCUGUCUGGAUCGCUGGUCUCAAACGAUCCCGCACGUGAAGAAGUCGGAUGUGGAGGUCCUGGGCUGGUGCAGUUACACAUGGUCUUUAGUUGUGAGGCCAGUUGGACGUACUGCCAAAUUCUGUAAAAAACUGCACAUUUUAAAGUGACCUUUUAUUGUCUCCAGCACAAGGUGUACCUGUAUCUUGGCAAAGGAGCAUGGCUCACUAACAAGGAUGUAAACAAAUUUGUGCCCAAAAUUCUAGAGGAAUACGCUUUUUUGUGCGUAUGGAACAUUGUUUUAUUUUAGCUCAUGAAACAUGGGGCCAAUACUUUACAUUGUUCGUUAAUAGUAGAAAGUAGUCCCUCCCAUCAAAGGAGUCAUCUCAGGGGUGAUGACUGAUGUUCAGGUUGAAUACCUGAAGAGAAUUCCUGGUGUGGUUGGUGCCCGGCGUCUGACCCGUUAGGUAAUUGGGGGGAAAAAAGCACCGAUGGCCGCUGAAAGCGAGGUAUGGGAGGUGAGUCUGGUUCUAUAUCCCUCCACGGGUGAAGAUUCCCUCUCUCAGUUUGUGCGAUUCACCCUGACGUUGACUCUCGACUUGCAGUAUCCCUCCUCUCCUCCCUCCAUUUCCAUCCACAACCCUCUGGGUCUUUCUGAUGACAAGCUGUGCAGUCUCUCUCAGAAAGCCAAAGAGAUUCUGACAGAGAGCAAUAUUCCCCAUGGGAACUGCGUCAUCUGCCUUUACGGGUUUAAGGAUGGGGAGGCGUUCACCAAGACCAGAUGCUACCGUUAUUUCAACUCCCACUGCCUAGGCCGCUACAUCACCCACUCUGAGACUGAGCUCCAGGAGAGGGGUAAGGAGCUGGAGCAGGACAAGACACGGGAGAGGACCGAUGAGCCGCCUCCUAACUCAGACAAUGUCAGCGCUGAUGGGAAUGCCUCUCCCAGCCGAUCACUGCUCUCCCUUCCCCCUGCCUCCACCAAUCAGAUCACAGCACCAAAGCUGCAGCACGCUGGCCACUCACGUCGCAGGGGAGGGCGAGGUCAUCAGUACCGUCACCAAGUGCCGUAGGGCCACUUCAGGGGUCCCGGGAGGGAGAGGCAGGGGAGAGGCAGGCCCCACACCCACCCAGGGACACCGGUCCCCCCCACCGACCAUCUGGACAAACUCUCUCUGUCCUCAGAGAAACAUGACAACCUCUACAGUGCUCCUCCUGCCAACUUUCACAACGCACCAAUCAAGGCCAGACUUCAGGAGAACUCUAGCCACCCAGACCUGGGACAAGCACAGUUAAGCCAAUUGAAGAAGGGGAGGGAAGCACAGAGCUAGGCCUACAAGAUGCUCCUAAAGACGGUCAGCCAAUAAGCAAAUCAAGCCUGGACACUUCUAAAAUAGACAUCCCAUCCAGCAACGGCAUGGAAAUGGAGCCUGGCCGAGGCCAUAGGGAGAGCGGAAGGAGGAGGGGCCCUCGCGGUUCAGUGCAACAGCCUGACCAAUGGCAAGAGAGGCAAUUCAGAGGAACAGACCAAUGGGAUGCCCGGGGAGCGGGUAACAUUGCUACUGGGAUGGGCGCGGUCAGCGACGCAGGGGAGCAUCCCAUAGCAGAGAAGGCAGAGCUCACAUGGCUGGUGGGAGGGGCUUCCAUCAGAGUGUGGUAGAGGGAGAUGUGGGGAGAGAUGCUCUAUGACAAAGGGACAAAAGAGGAACUAAGAACAACUAUGUCUGUACCUCAAUUUACAUUCUCGACACACCUAAAAUAAAGCUUUGCACUCUGGUACCUAGAUUAACCAGUGUGUCCUGCCUUCUUUCCUAUUGCUGUUUGAAUUGUUGUCCGUGGGCAGUUCAGUUUAUGCUGAAGCAUUCUUUUUACUGCAUAAGAUAAAGAAAUGACGGGCCACAUUUGUCUGAGGGAACAUACAGCAUAUUUAUUAUUGACAGAAAUCAGCUGAAAUUGACCUGCCUUGAACAUCACACACUUCAACUUAUUUUCCCCCACCCUCUUCCUUUUUUCCCCUCCUGCUUUCGCUCCACCCCUUAUUUCUGCAUACCAACCCCUCCCCCUGGGCGUCCAGCCACACCCCCAGCCCAGUAGUAGUAGUUGUAGGCCGGACAAGAGCCCUCCUGCUGGAAGUCUGGCCGCUGCAAAUGCGGCCCAGUGGGGACACUGACAACCCGGGGAAGCGUUGCACUGGCCUCGAGAUGUUUCUGUACUUCAGGGUUUUAGGAAAACAGCUCCACCUGAGAGUGGGACAGGAGUAUGAAAGGAUAAGCUUAGGCACUGCACAUUAUUUAUGAGGGAUACCUGGAGAAAAUCGGACCUCUGAAAUAAAAAUGUAUGGCCCUCCCUUCAGUAAAAUAUAUUUUUACCUGACCCUCCCUGAACUCUUGAAAAAAAGUGACCCUCCCCUAUACCCCAAAUAAUAAUUAAAAAGGUGCAUUAUGCAGAAAUCACUCCGCGGUUUCCUGGUUGCAAAAAUGCUAAUAGUCACCUGAUUUCAGUAACGAAACAAGCAAUGUAGAGAAUGAAUACUGUCUAAACCCCUGUGAAAUAUACACUACAUGACCAAAAGUAUGUGGACACCUGCUUGUCGAACAUCUCAUUCCAAAAUCAUGGGCAUUCAUAUGGAGUUGAUCCAUGUUGGAACAUUGCUGCUUUCAUUCAGCCAUGUGCAUUAGUGAGGUCAGGCACUGAUGACAUUGACUGUGUGAUGAAAAUGUAUGUUUAGCACAAUGGUGCUUUUCUAAUAACCAACUUGGUUGGGUUCAUGCGAGUGACUGAUUGAUUGUACAAAGUAGGAAUCCACACAAUCACUGAAUCAAUUUGGCACUAUGCCCAGAACAUUGCUCUGGGGGGGAACCAGGAGUGAUGAUACAAUAGCUCAGUUUCAAGGUAAGAAGCCUGGUGUGGUAUCAGUCAGGCUCAUGCAGGAACCAACCAUGCUUUAAUGGCUUGUUUGUGUAGCAGUAUGAAGUUUCAUCAGGCUUGUAUUGAGUUUGUAAACCUCUCUGGCCGUGAUAAUAAAAAUAGCUUCAUUUGCUUUG